AUGUGGCGUAUUUUCAGCUCAGCAAGCACAGCAAAAGAUGACCCUCCACGGGGUCUACCAGCAUCAUGGUAUCGCUCAGAGGCAAUGUACCAACUAGAGAGACGGGCAAUAUUCUCCAAGCGAUGGAUGCUGCUCACCCACUCGAGCCGUUUCAAGAAACCCGGAGACUAUCUAUCCUUCACAAUUGCCAAUUUCUCCUUUUUCCUCAUCCAAGACCGAGACGGCACAAUCAACAGCUUCCAUAAUGUCUGCCGUCACCGAGCAUACCCCGUUGUCCAAUCCCCUUCCGGCACAACGUCCAUCCUAAGUUGCAAGUACCACGGAUGGUCCUACGGCCUGAAGGGCAAUCUCGCCAAAGCUCCCCGAUUCGAGACAGUGCCUGAUUUCGAUAAAACGCAGCACUCGCUAUUCCCGAUCCAUGUGCACAUCGACAAAGCUGGCUUCGUGUGGGUCAAUCUACAAGCUGGUGAGACGGAUGUGAGAUGGGAAGACGAUUACGAGAAGGUUGAUGAGGAGCCUCGAAUGCAGGAUUUUGAUUUUACUGCCGAGUUCAAGUUCGACCAUUACUGGGAGAUUGAAUUGGAUGCGAACUGGAAGGGUGUCAUUGAGAAUUAUAAUGAGUGCUACCAUUGCGCUACUUCUCAUCCGCUUAUCAGUGGCGUUUCGGAUUUGCCAAGAUAUCGGGUUGAGCCCAAGGCCCGGUAUAUGGAGCAUCAUAUCUUCAAUAAGGCGGAUGCUGAUAGCCAGUUUCGUCGGGCGAUCACGUACUUCUAUCCUACGACUUCUGUUACGGUGACUGAUAAAUUCUUCUAUAUCCAGCGCAUGAUUCCUGUAUCUGCUACUUCGAGCAAGAUCGAGAACGAGGUUUACCGCCACCGUGAUGCCACCGAUGAGGAGUUUGAGAAUAUCAACGCAUUUUACAGGCAGGUUCUUGACGAGGACAAGGAGCUUUGUGUUGGAACGCAAGAGAAUCUUAGUGCUGGGGUUUUCACCAAUGGUGAACUACACCCUAGCAAAGAGAAGGGGCCCAUACACUUCCAAAGUAGCAUCCGAGAGAUGGUCAUGGAACACCGGAAAAAUGAGGAAAAGCAAGGAGGAUCGGAGAUAUGGCCGGCCACCCCCAAGGCUCAGUUGUCCCAAAACUCGGCAGAGGAUCUGAACUUCUGUUCGCAGUUGGAAGCGUCUAGUUGUAUGGCAAAGCCAGAACUGGCGUGGUAG